UUUCCUGGAGCGGGAGAAGAUCUAGCAACAAGCGCCCUGCUCCCGAUCCCUUCCUCCGCUUCCUUCUAUUCCCCCCCUUCCCGGUCCUUCCUUUUGCAGUGAAAGCGUCUCUUGAUUCUUUCCCCAUUUAAAAGCAGAAGGAAAGCUAUACUAUUGCUUUCUCGUGCUCUGUCUCUCCCCAUUAGUACAAAAUGCUGGGCAUGUACGUGCCGGAUAGGUUUGCCCUGAAGUCAUCUAAAAUUCAAGACGGGAUGGGCCUCUUUACGGCCCGGAGAGUGAAAAAGGGUGAAAAAUUUGGACCAUUUGCAGGAGAAAAGCGAAUGCUUCAGGAGCUGGAUGAAAACACAGACUACAGGCUGAUGUGGGAGGUGCGUGGGAAUAAAGGUGAGGUGCUUUAUGUCCUCGAUGCCAGCAAUCCAAGGCAUUCUAACUGGUUGCGUUUUGUACAUGAAGCACCAUCCCAGGAACAGAAGAACCUGGCUGCUAUCCAGGAAGGAGAAAACAUUUUCUAUCUAGCUGUUGAGGAUAUUGAAACAGACACAGAAUUGCUGAUUGGUUACCUUGACAGUGACAUGGAAGAAGUAGAGGAAGAAGAGGAGGAAGUAAUCACUAACCAGGAAGAAGAUGAUAGCAUUAUCAACAACGGCAACAGCAGCCAUAAGGAACUGCAACAAAAUAGUGAAAAAGACUCUUUUAGUUGUAAAGAGGACCAUGCCUGUCCCAACUGUGAAUCCAGUUUUGCCAGCCAGGAAAUCCUAGCUGAACACCUUCAGACAUUGCACCAAAAACCCAGUGAGGAAAAGGAAUUCAAAUGCAGAAAUUGUGGGAAGAAAUUCCCAGUUAAGCAAGCUUUGCAGAGACAUGUUCUCCAGUGCACAGAGAAUGUCUGCCCGGGGGAUCGUUCAAGAAGCUUUCAGUGUUCUGUUUGCAACAUGUCCUUCAGCUCAGAAUUGAGCUAUGAGCAACACAAAGAAGCAUGCCGUGGUGAUGCCAGGUUCGUAUGCAAGGCUGACAGCUGUGGGAAGAGAUUCAAGAGUAAAGAUGCUCUGAAAAAGCACAAGGAAAAUGUUCACACUGGAAACUCUAGGAAAAGGUUGAUGUGCUCAGUGUGCAAUAAGAGGUGCUCUUCGGCAACAAAUCUUCAAGAGCAUCGAAAGAUUCAUGAGAUCUUUGAGUGUCAGGAAUGUGACAAGAAAUUUAUUUCGGCUAACCAGCUAAAACGCCAUAUGAUUACUCAUUCAGAAAAACGCCCCUACACCUGCGAGGUUUGCAAUAAGUCCUUCAAACGACUUGAUCAAGUGACUGCACACAAAAUAAUACACAGUGAAGAUAAACCCUAUAAAUGCAAGCUUUGUGGAAAGGGAUUUGCCCACAGAAAUGUUUACAAGAAUCACAAGAAGACCCAUUCUGAAGAGAGACCAUUUCAGUGUGAGGAAUGCAAAGCGCUGUUCCGAACACCAUUUUCUCUGCAGAGACACCUUCUAAUACAUAACAGUGAAAGAACCUUUAAGUGUGAUCACUGUGAUGCUACAUUCAAAAGGAAGGACACACUGAAUGUUCAUAUACAAGUUGUUCAUGAUGGUCAUAAGAAAUAUAAAUGUGAUUUGUGUGACAAAGCCUUUGUGACACCAUCUGUGCUUAAGAGUCAUAAAAAAACUCACACAGGCGAAAAGGAGAAAAUUUGCCCAUACUGUGGGCAGAAGUUUGCAAGCAAUGGAACACUGAGAGUACAUAUUCGAAGUCAUACAGGUGAGCGCCCUUACCAGUGUCCUUACUGUGACAAAGCUUUCAGCAAGAAUGAUGGAUUAAAAAUGCACAUUCGCACCCACACAAGGGAAAAGCCGUACCAGUGUUCUGAGUGCAAUAAAGCCUUCAGUCAGAAACGUGGCCUCGAUGAGCACAUGAGAACCCACACAGGGGAGAAGCCCUUCCAGUGUGAUGUUUGUGACUUGUCAUUCAGCCUGAAGAAAAUGCUGAUCCGGCACAAGCUGACUCACAAUCCCAAUCGACCCAUGGCUGAAUGCCAGCUUUGCCACAAAAAGUUUACAAGAAACGACUACCUCAAAGUGCACAUGGAAAAUGUCCAUGGAGAAACUGACAGCUAAUUUUGGCUUGCACAAAAGAGUGUCUAGUGUUCCCUUUGUAGGGGUAUAAACUCCAGACUUCUCACCUGAUUAGUGAACAUGAGACACAAAAAACAACUCUGAUGUGCUCACAUAAAUCACUUUUUUCACAGUGUCUUAUAUUUAUAUUCAGGCUAAAAAGUCUCCCAAGUUAAAUGAGGCUAGAAUCAAAAUAAUUUAAUGUACUGGGGGUGGAUUUACAGAAUCAUUUUAGAAGGGCAAAUUGUCAUAAAAAUCCAUCAUCAUCCUUUUAUAGGUAAGUUUUUUUUCUGAAUGUGCCCCCAUGUGGUGAAAUGGAUAGUUAACUAAAACUGCAAUCCAAACUACAUUUACUGAAAUGUAAACUGAGUCCAGUGGGAUUUACUUCUGAGUAGUAAUGCUUAGCAUUGCACUGCACUGGAUGUAACAGUUUUGUUGCCAGGAUGUGGAAAAAUAAUUUUCACAGAGGGUUAGCAUGUGACAUACCAUCUUAUGAAAUAAUUGUAUAAACUUACUGUGUCCAAUUCUCACAUUCGUUUUCAAUCUUGCCUAUUGAGGAUAAUGUGUGGGCUUUUGAAUGACUUUAAUCCACCUCAUAAUUGCAAAUGCUUAAGACCCUUAUAAAUCAGUGGGACCUCAGUACAUGUAACUAUAGUAUAGUCACUAUUCUGUAACCUAUAUUUGCAUUUGAUAGAUUGGUAAGUCUGUGCAGCACUUAUGCUUUACUAAGAUUAUAAUAAUGGCUAGAUUUUUAUUAACCUUUUGAACUGACUUCCAUUCUGUUAACCAGCAUGGUUAUUUUAUUGCAAGCAUCCUUUAUUCUGGCUUAUGAACAUGUUGAUUAAAUUCAGAAUUUAUAUUGAAAUACUAGAAUAUUUUUCAAGCACCUGUCUGCUAUAGAGACUUAGGGGGACAUGCUGUCUUAACUGCUUCAGCAUUUUACUUUGGGUUGUCAUUGUGGAAGACAAACCAAAAGCAAGCACUGUGAGUAUUUUCAUUGUUGUUGUUGAAAUGCUAUGUUAGCACUAAUGCAAUAUUUAUAAAUGCCAAGGCCAGAGGAAACAAAAUCUCAGAAUGGUGUCCAACAUCCGAUUAAGGCAAGGAACAUGUAAUGAAAUUGCUACGAAGAAUUUUUACCUCAUGGAAUUCUGCACAGUUUAGAACGAGGCUUAUGCAAUGAAUCUGUCAUUCAUAUUCAUUUUUUUAUUAUUAUAAAGACCAAGACUGUGUCAAGAAUAAUUUGUUACCUUCAUGACUAUUUCAACAAGUAGUUUCUCUUAAUUAUUAGUGGAAAGUCUCUAAAUUCUCAUGCUUGGAUAACAGUAAGUCAGUUAAUGCCUGAAAGAUAGCAAACAACGUUCCAGGGCUUCAUAUUUGUGGGAUACAAAACUGUUUUAAUAAAUUUGGUUCCAUGUUGA